AUGUGGCAGCCAUCCUCCCCCACGACCGAAGCGGCACCCCAGUCGCCGCCGGCCUCUCGACAGGGCAGCAUCGCCAUCCCAGCCGGUGACGAUCGGAGACUCAGGAACCCCGGCCGUCGCUUUGGCCAGAUUGUGCGUCUCAAGCCCGAGUACGUCCAGGAGUACAAGGCGUGCCAUGCGCAGGUGUGGCCUGAAGUCCUGAAGCAAAUCAGAGACUGUAACAUUCAAGACUACAGUAUCUGGUGGGACGACAAGUCAGGUAUCCUCUUUGCGACCUUCAAGUACGUCGGAUACGACUAUGCAGGUGAUAUGGAGCGCAUGGCAGGCAACCCCAAAGUCCGAGAGUGGUGGAGAAUGACGGAUGGAUACCAGGAGAGCUUCGUCGAGGGCGCGGUCAGUUCUGAGGCUGGUGAGCCGGCAUGGUGGAAGCCAGUGGAGGAGGUCUUCUACCAGCCGUAA